AUGACCUCCCUUGCAGCCAAAUUCGUGGCCAGAAGACUGUUCAAGGAGACAUCGGCCAACAAACAAGGGCAGGAGGAUCCCUACUUCGAAACCGUCCCGGCGACCAGGCUAGGAGGAAUUUACAAAACCACCAAGAAGCGGCGCAGAGCUCUCCCACCCGGCCUGACUGCGCAAGAAGAAAAACUUCUCACAAAGGCAAAGAGAAGAGCCUAUCGCAUCGAUCUUUCCCUCGGCAAUUUCUGUGGUACACGAUUUGGAUGGGGUGCGGUCAUUGGCUUGAUUCCUGGCAUAGGCGAUGUGCUUGAUCUCCUCCUCGCUUUCAUGGUGUACAGGACCUGCUGCUCGGUUGAACCAGAUCUGCCCGCUUCUGUCAAGCUGCGUAUGAAGAUCAACAUGGCCAUUGACUUCGCAAUUGGUCUGGUACCGUUUGUUGGGGACAUUGCAGAUGCGGCAUAUAAAUGCAAUACCAGGAACGUGGUCCUCCUCGAGAAAGAGCUGCGUGAGCGUGGCCAAAAGAGAAUUAAGGGCACUCCACAAGCCAACUUAGCAGAUCCGAGUCUGCCUCAUGAGUUCGAUCAUGAAAACCAGGAACAUUUGUUGAACCAACAAAAUGGACCACCGCCAAGAUACACCUCCACACGCCAAUCUAGAAAAUCUCGUCGAGACCGCGAUAGAGAUCAUGAUGUCGAACAGGGGAGGGAGAUCCCGCCGGCAUUACCAGCCCGGACUUGA